AUGUCGAACACCUCUACCACCACCGAUGAGACAUUGAGAAGACGGCAGCGGUGGAGGCUUCGUUGUCUCGAUCGGAUAAAAGGGUCACCGUAUACGUUCCAUCCAGCCAGAACAACCACCAGCCAUGGUCACACUGCGCUUGAUGACGUUUUGGAGAGUGUUGUUGGCAGACCGAGUGUUGUUUCUUCGCUGUUCUGUGGAGCUGUAGCAGGAUGUGUGGCGAAAACAACCAUUGCCCCUCUCGAUCGAACUAAAAUAUAUUUCCAGGUGUCGACGACUAGGGGCUACUCUUUCAAAUCCGCUUUUAAAUUUGUAAUUCGAACUUACCGUGAGCAUGGUUUUUUUGCUCUUUUUCGCGGGAAUUCGGCUACCAUGGUGCGUGUGACGCCCUAUGCUGCCAUACAAUUCGCUGCUUUCGAGCAGUACCGCCACUGGUUAAAUGUAGACGUAGACGGCAAAAGAACUCCUGGUAAACGUUGUAUUGUGGGCUCGAUGGCAGGUGCAACGGCUACCUGUGUCACAUAUCCUCUGGAUACAGCGAAAGCUCGGUUAUCAAUAUCAACCAAGGAAGAAUAUGCGACAUUGAUGUCGGUUUUUGUCAAGACUGCUCGACAAGACGGAAUUUUUGCCCUCUACCGCGGUUUGUGGCCCACAGUACUGGGUGUUACGCCCUAUGCCGGAGCCUCGUUUUUUACUUACGAAACUCUAAAACUAACUUAUGAGGAGCGUACAGGUCAGUACCCAAGCGGUCCUUGGCGCAUGUUGUUUGGCGCCUUCGCCGGCUUAAUCGGACAGUCUUCUUCCUAUCCUCUGGAUAUCGUAAGAAGAAGAAUGCAAACGGGUCGGAUACAUCCGGAUAAUGGAGUCCUACGUUCAUUGGUUGCCAUCUACAAGACGGAAGGAUUGAAGCGUGGACUCUAUAAGGGGCUGAGCAUGAAUUGGGUCAAAGGACCAAUCGCCGUUGGGGUGUCUUUCACAACUUACGAAUAUAUACUGUGGUUCUUCUUCGCAUGUACUUAUUGGCCUUUAACUUUCACUGCGAUGUCGAUUUGCCAACUCAUUCUCUUCCUGCCAAUUGCUCAGUCAUUCUCCCGCUCAUCGGCGAAACCUUUGUUAAGUAGUUAUAGAAAACUAGUUAAUGGAUUUCCUGACACUGUAUAUAUUUCUGCAUUUGCCUUUGAUUCACCAGUGAGUCAGGUUGAAUUUUUCGUUAUCUGUACCUCUUUCAAUAUCGGCAUUUUUAUCAUUGCAAAGGAUUGCAUUUUUUGGGAAUUGAGGAGUUAUGGAUAUAUGAGUAGUAAGACGAUCAUGGUGAAGUCCGCUUCAGCAAUUCGAAAAGGCGAUGUCGUAUGGGCUCCAUAUCGUAGAGAUCCCUUGUGGCCUGCUUUGGUUAGAAAUAGUUACCCUAAGAAAGUGACUUACGUGUUCUUCCCUUUGCCUUCUACUGAUGUUCCAGAAGCUUUGAAAAAGGCGCCCACAUUCAGUUGCUUGCCAAAGCAUAUACGAGCACUUACAAUAGAUGAUGUUUUACCUCCAAGUUCCAAAAAUGAUCUCAAAAAUGCGGUCAAACUUGCGAAGCAGUAUCUCAAAACUAGAGGUUUGACAAGGGGAUCAGAUGCUCCUCUCCACUUCGCCGAACCCGCUUCAAAAGAAGCUGAUGUUCCUACUGAAACGGAAGAGUUAUCUCAGGAAAAAGUGUGCCAAGUUGAAUCCAACAAAGAAACAUCACUGCAGGAAGAGCUAUCUGAAGUUGAUGUUAAUCCUUCUGCGAUGGAGAAAAGGCAAAGAACAGAUGCAGGCAUAGGUGAAGCUUGUCCAGAAGAAAAGCAGAUAUCUGGAGUAAAAUCGAAGGGUGUUGUCGACGUCAGAACGCUCCCAAAGCAACCGAAUCUUCCUGUGCCGAGGACUAGAAUAAAACGAAAAGCUUCCGCUGAAGAAUCACUCUAUUUGGCUAAGCGGCAACCAAUAAACCAUUCUCCACCUAGAGCAUCUGCAUUUGCUGCGGAUUCUACAACACAUUCAGACACUUCGCCAUCACCUGAUCUCUUAGCACCUACUAUAUUCCGCGAGGCGAUUACUAUUCUUGAACGGGUUUGGACUACGAGCUUGGUGCAAGGCUAUGUUACACCGCCGCGCUCGAGUUUGCGCUUUGAAAUGCAUACUGGUGGUUUACUUACAGAUCAUGAAACGGAUAGUUUAUUUGAUUUAAUUUUCACCUGGGUGCGUGAUCGCGAACACGAUGCAUACUUCCUGCCCGGUGUACAUUUAGUUUUUGAAGUUCUUAUGCCUGAAGUUAUCAUUCAGUCACUUGUUCUGUCUCGCGGGAUUUCUCGAGAUGCCGCUGAGAGAAUGGUGCGCAUAACGCACUCUGAAAGUAUUACGAGCAGCAGUAGCAGCAGCUCGGAGCCGAAUUGUAGUCAUUCUCCCAACACCAUUUUGAACAAUGGUUUUUCCAAAUGUGGCGGAAGUCUGGAUGAGCUAGCAAGAAUUGCAUGUAAAGAACGGGAAUCAAUUACCGAGUGA